UCACCCAUGAUGCUAAGACAUUUUAUUUACUUCCGGUCGUGAACUCCGGUAGCUGAAUCCAACUGGCAACUUAGUCAAAACAAACUGUUGUUCAAUUUCCUAGGAUUUACUGGCAAAAAAUGAACCAGAAGAGAGGCAGUCUACCAAUACCACCCAGAUGGUUGGAAUGUCCCAGGAAAGGGGCAUUGAUAGCAGAAAAAUUCAUCCCAUUCAAGACCCCUCUAGACAGCCGCUACAAUGACCAGGUCCCAGAGGCCAACAGAUUUGACCUGGACCUGCUGUUUGCCUCACUCAAAAGUUAUAAGGUUAAAAUGGGCUUAUUAAUUGACUUGACCAAUACCACAAGGUUUUACAACAGUGCUGUAGUUGAAAAGCAAUUUGAUUGUAAAUACCUGAAACUGCAGUGCAGAGGGCAUGGAAGUGCACCUUCAGUUGAACAGACUCAGGCCUUCCUUAAUGUUUGUGAAACUUUCAUACGACAAAAGCCUCUUGAAGUUAUAGGAGUCCACUGCACCCAUGGCUUCAACAGGACUGGCUUCCUGACCAUAGCUUACCUGGUGGAGAGAAUGGACUGGAGCAUUGAGGCAGCAGUACACACAUUUAAUCAGGCAAGACCUCCAGGCAUAUACAAACAAGAAUAUCUGUCAGAUUUAUUCAGUCGUUAUGGUGACAUAGAAGACACACCCACUGCCCCACCCCUCCCUGAUUGGUGCUAUGAAGACAAUGGUGAGGUGGAUGAUGAUGGACAUCCCCUGGAGGAAGCAGCUAUUGAGAAGGGGGAAGGAGGAAAGAAACGGAGAAAAGAAAUUGAUAAAAAGGAUGCUCAGUUCAUGGAUGGCCUGGUGUCAGGUGUUCACCCAGUGCAGGACCAGCCCAGACUGGCACAUAUACAGCAAUGCUGCCAGAAAUACUGUGGAUGGGAGAAAUCAGGUUUUCCCGGCGCCCAGCCUGUGUCCAUGGAUCUUAAAAACCUCUCUCUUCUCACUCAGAAACCUUUUAAAGUCAGCUGGAAAGCAGAUGGAGUCAGGUACUUGAUGCUUAUAGAUGGUAAAAAUAGGAUAUUUAUGGUGGACAGAGACAACUGUGUUUUCCAUGUUACAAAUCUUUGCUUCCCGAAAAGGAAAAAUCUAGAAGCCCACAUAUCCAAGACUCUAGUUGACGGGGAAAUGAUCAUGGAUGAAGUGGAUGGCAAAUCUGUCCCUAGAUAUCUCAUCUAUGAUAUUAUAAGGUUUGAGGAUGUGAAUGUUGGAGGGGCAGACUUUGACAGAAGGUUGCUUUGUAUCAACAAGGAAAUUGUGCAGCCUCGGUAUGAAAAGAUGAAACUUGGACGCCUCAAUAAGUCAGUGGAACCUUUCAGUGUGCGAGCCAAGCCUUUCUGGGAUUUAAAUAUGGCACAGAGUCUUCUUGAUGGUAAAUUUGCCAAAGAAGUGAGUCAUGAGACAGAUGGUUUGAUAUUCCAGCCAGCAGGACAAGAAGAUAAAUAUUUCCCAGGUCGUUGCCAAGACAUGCUGAAGUGGAAACCCCCCAGUCUAAACUCUGUGGACUUCAAGCUGAGUAUUGUUAAAGAACACAAACCAGGCUGUCUUCCAGAGUGGAAAGGUUACCUAUAUGUGGGGAGUCUGAAAUCACCUUUCUCUGAAAUAAAAAUUACCAAAGAAUUAAAGCAAUAUGAUGGGAAGAUAAUAGAAUGCCAUUUUGACUUGAACACCAACCAGUGGAGGUUUAUGAGGGAGAGGACAGAUAAGUCAUUUCCUAAUGCAUAUACCACAGCUAUGGGAGUUUGUGAAAGUAUCAGGAACCCAGUCACAAAGGAAAUUCUCUUUGAAACCAUCAACAAUAAAGCAUAUAAAAAAGACAAUGCAUGUCCACGAGAACUGAAAAGAAAACCAUCUGGACAAGACUCUGAUUUAAUGCCUCCUCCCAAACUCCCUGCCAUCAGCUAGCACAACGAGAGGUGACCUGGAGACAGGCAGCUGUUUAUGGCAGGUAGAAAACCUGGGCAUUGCAACAUAGCAAUGUUCACAUCCAAACAGAGUGAUGGUCAUGGACGACCAGGGACUGGAUGGUUCCUUCAUAAAUAUCAGAGAACUUUUAAAGUGGGAUUAUUUCCAGUUUGGCAUAUUAAUUACAAAGCAGCGCAAGACAAGUGAACAAGAUAGUUACCAGAUGAGAAAGUGCCAGCAUCCAGAAAUAGUGUAUACUGCAUUAUGUGAACACAAAGGAGAAUGAGUUAUUAAAGCUUUUUGAAAUCUGUCACUGUCUGUGUUUCUCACGAUUAAAUAAUUGUCCAGGCUAAAUCUGUCUGUGAUGCUAUGAAUCACUUCAGCCAGUUUGAGAAGGAAAUAUUCUAGAUUUUAACAUUAAGACUGAAAAAGAUUUAAAAAACAGUUAUGAAGUUAAUGAUGAUAGGUCAAACAAGCUGAAAUUGGCCUGUAGUGCAGCAUUAGGAAUCUGUCCAUGAAGCAAGAGGAAUAGAAAUGACUUCUGUGUCUUCUGCAUAAAGACGUACAUACAGCAUACUUGCUGGGAAAGGAACAAUUUUAUUAUUUAAGCAAAACUGAACGAGUGAAGCUGAUAUUCCAACUUGGCCAGUAUUCUAAUGUUAUAAAUUGCUCCAGAAAUGUGGAGGAUAACAAGUCCUGGUUUCCAUUUCACUGUAUGACAGAAGAAUGUCAUUCUCUUGGGCCUAGAAAUGAAGAUUUGGUUAUUUGCAGUCUGUGAAGUUGAAUCAGUAGGGUCAAAAUCUCUGAUAGAAAUAUUGAAUUGAAAAGUAAAUUAACUUUUCUUACUUGAAUUGUAUCUUAGCACUAUGAAUCAUUCAUGCAAGUUUGAGAAAAAUCAGUUUUCCUGGAAUGGUGUUAAUGAUGACAGUGCACAAAAUGGUCUGUAGCAGUGUUAACAUAAAGUGAUUUCCUGUAAUGCAUAUAAAGCACUUCUACUAGUUUUAUAUAAAAAUUAAGUUAACUUGCCAAGUCAUAAUUCAAACUAUCUCACAUUCUGUCGAAAAUGGGCUUCAAAACUGCAACUUCAAAUUUCUUGUCGGAAAUUACCCAUUUCCCUUCCCUCAGUUCAAAAGUCACUAAUGACACUACUGUGCAUGAUUUACAUAAGCAUCACUCUCACUCUGAAGUAUGGAGGUAACUGUGUGCGCUAUAGCAUACUUAUUUAAAUGAGACUGCCAAGAGAUAUACAUAUCAAACACUAAGAAGACAGAAAACAUACGUUCAAAUAUCGCUUUUUAUGAAAUGUGAAAGGAUGCCCUUUUAUACUAUUUCAAACUAUAUGGUGGCAAUCAGUCCAGUUUUGUUGCAAAAUUGAGAUUUCAAAUACAGAGUAAAAUGAUUUUUAUAUCUUUUAGGGUAUUGUAAGCCUUUAUUAUCAUCCAGGUACCAAAAAAGAGGUUU